CUUAUCACAACACAUAAUUCCACACGUCACCCGUUUUUCCUUUUACUCUCUCUCUGUUUCUUCGUCUUCUUGGCCGCACUGCCUCUAUCUCGUCUCUCCCCUCUGUUGCAAAAUCGAGUCCCAUCACAGUAGCUCGUCCCCGCCAUCUCUCGCCCUCGUCCACCAAGCACCAUAUGAUGAAAUGCUCUCUCUUUUUGUUCCACAGCAGAAUCGUCGCCAGGGAGAAAGAAAGAGGAGACGUUGAAAGUACUGACUAUCGUGUUACCACUGAUGGUUCUUUUGGUUGUAUCGAUGCUGAUCUUGGGCGCCGUUUAUGUGAUCAGAAGGAAAAGGAAAUUUGCUGAGGUCCUCGAAGAUUGGGAGAGGGACUACGGCCCGCACCGGUUCAAGUACAAAGAUCUUUACACUGCAACGAAAGGAUUCCGGGACCAAGAGUUAUUAGGGGCUGGCGGGUUCGGCCAGGUCUAUAGAGGAAUCUUACCCACAUCGAAUAUAGAGAUUGCGGUGAAGAGGGUCUCCCAUGAAUCGAGACAAGGCAUGAGAGAAUUUGUAGCAGAGAUCAUUAGCAUUGGUCGGCUCCGUCAUCGCAACUUGGUGGCGCUCCUUGGUUACUGCCGCCGGAAAAGGGAGUUACUCUUGGUUUAUGACCACAUGCCCAAUGGGAGCCUCGACAAGUACCUCUAUAACCAACCAAAGGUCACCCUCAAUUGGAUGCAAAGAUUAAGGGUGAUCAAAGGAGUGGCAUCAGGGCUGCUUUAUCUGCAUAAAGGGUGGGAGCAAGUGGUGAUCCACAGGGAUAUAAAGGCUAGUAACAUCUUGCUAGACGCUGAAUUUAAUGGAAGACUCGGAGAUUUUGGGCUUGCGAGACUAUACGACCAUGGAACCGACCCUCAAACGACUCAUGUCGUGGGAACGUUCGGUUAUCUGGCCCCCGAGCACAUGCGUACUGGCAAGGCCACUACGAGCACCGACGUGUUUGCGUUCGGAGUGUUUCUGCUCGAGGUCGCCUGCGGGAGAAGGCCGAUAAAGCAUGGGCACACGGAGGACGUGAUCUUAGUGGACUGGGUAUUUUCUCGCUGGGACAGAGGUGCAAUUCUCGAGGCAAGAGAUCCGAAAUUGGGGUUGGAGUUUGUGGAAGAAGAGAUGGAGUUGGUGCUGAAACUCGGGUUGAUGUGUUCCCACGCCAAUCCGUUGAUGAGGCCAAGCAUGCGUCAAGUAUUGCAGUACUUGGAGGGCGAUCUUCCGAUGCCUGAAUCAUCGUCCGUCGGCAUUUCGUCCCCCGGGUCAACAGUUGCUCAUCGUGAAGGUUUCGACAAUUUGGCGUUCUCAUCUUCUGUUGCAGAAUCGCUUCUCUCAGGUGGGCGAUGAGACUCCUGGUUUAGUUUCUGAUUUUCUUCCUUACCUCAUGGUAAACCGAGAGAAUGUGCAGAUCUAAAAUCUGCAGGCUCCGUGAGUCAUUCUGGUACUAGUCGGUGUAAGUAUCGCCUGCUGCACGCUCUUAUUUUUACAACGGCGCAAAUUAGCU